AUGUCGUUGGCCCGGGAGAAAUAUCUGAAAAGGAAAAGAGAACUGCUCGGGAACAUAAACAUAAUUGACAAUAAUUUAGGAGAAAAGAAGGAACCAAAUUUGAAGGAAAGAAAAGGAGAAGGAAAAAAUGAAGAGAAUUCCUAUGAACGUAAAAUCGAACAAACGUUAAGGAGAGAUAAAGAACACCGCGUGCGGGAUGAGUGGGGGAACCAGGGAAGAAGGGCCCCCCCCGAGGGCAGCAACUCUGGUGGCUAUAGUCAGAUAAGUCAUAGGAAAAACGACAGGAGAAAUCCGGAUGAUCGGGGACACGACGUCGACCGGUCACAUUUUAGUGAAUCUACGUGGCAGGGGAAGGAGGAACCCCUGUUGGACGCAAACCACAGGAAAGUAAUUCUGAGGGGGAAUAAGGAUAACCCCGUAUUCAGCAGAAGCAACACGCCUGAUGGCGCAGAACAGUGGAGUAUCCGUCCCGGAAAACUAGGGAGAGACUCCUCCAAUGUGAGUCAAAGCGCACAUAGCUCCCGCUCGGUGAAUGAAAACAUGUGUACGAAGGAUGUAGAACCUACGAAGCAAAGGGACAAGAAAGGAACCCCCAUAGCUGGUACCACCGCAUAUGAGUUACUAACCAACUUAAGUAACAUUGAAAUAAACGACAGCGCAACUUUGUUAAUUUACACCUGCAAGUUAUUGCUACAAAUGUGUGGGAAGGAAAAUGAAAAUAAAGAUAAGAUGAAUAUGUCUCUGUCUUCUGUCGAAAUAUUGAGAGAAAUCAAAAACAGAAAUAGGAAAAAUGUAAAGUUAUUGAAAAUAAACAUUUUAAAUGAGGUACUCACAUAUAUGUCCCGUAACAGCAGAGAUGAAGAGGAUCAAGUUGGUAUGAAUUCAAGUGAACCCAAUUUGGAAAAACAUAAAGAAAUAAAGAUAGAGAACGCUUGUAUUGAUAUUGAAAACGUAGGCAUAAGCAUUAUAAUAAAAGUUAUUUACAUAAAGAAUGUGAAGAAUUUACUUACCAAAUUUUUGUUUCAACAGGGUAGGAGUGGCUCACGAGGGGGAGAUGGAAUAGGUGUAGGAAGAGGCACAAAAAAGAGUGACAGAGGAUAUAUGGAAGAUAAAAAAGAAAUGCCUAUGGUCGCGGGGGGUAUGCAAAUCCCGUAUGAGUACCGAAGUACCGGGGGGACAGACGGGAGAGGGAGUAACACAUACAACUCACUUCUGCAAGAAAAUGAAAAAAAAAAAAAAAAACAAAUUCAAAACCCCAAUUAUGCCAUGGAAUAUGAAGCAAAAUAUGGAGACGGUACCCAAGGCGGAAAUAAAUAUAAUCAGAGUGACGGUGCCACACCUGUUAACAACAGCAGUGGUAGCAACAAAGUAAAUUAUCUAGAAAAUUUACUAAACGAACCAACGGCGAAGGAAAAGAAAAUAAAACAGGAAAAGACCAACAUUCUAUCUAUAAUAGAAGCACCAACAGUGAUAGAAGAAAUGCGAAUAAAAAAGUUUCAGAAAAAAGAUGACUCUGUAAAAAUUAUAUGUCCAUAUUUAACCAAAAAGGCAUGCCAAAAGCACAACAAAGAAUGCAACAAAGUUCAUUUUAAAAAAAUUAUAUCCGAGCAUACAGAUGUAUCACUGGGAGAUUGCUCCUAUCUAGACACUUGCAGGCAUAUUGAAACGUGUAAAUUUGUUCAUUAUGCGGUGGAUAAAGAUGACCUGGCAGUAGGUAGACAUCAAGAAUGCGUGAGCGAGAAGAAGGUCGAAAUCUUUAGCAUGACGGAUAAUACUUAUGGACCUCAGUGGAUACGAUGCGAUUUAAGGAACUUCGACUUGAGUAUCUUCAACCAGUACGUUAGUGUCGUGAUGGCAGAUCCUCCGUGGGAUAUUCAUAUGGAUUUACCCUACGGAACGAUGACAGAUAAUGAAAUGAAGCUGUUACCUGUGCAGCUAAUACAAGAUGAAGGCAUGAUUUUUCUGUGGGUCACUGGUAGGGCAAUGGAACUGGCAAGGGAGUGCCUACAAAUAUGGGGUUACAAAAGGGUAGAAGAAAUUUUAUGGGUUAAAACAAAUCACUUGCAAAGAAUUAUAAGAACUGGUAGGACUGGCCACUGGCUGAAUCACUCCAAGGAGCAUUGCCUCGUUGGCAUCAAAGGAAACCCCCUUGUUAACAGAAAUAUCGACUGCAAUGUCAUCGUCUCGGAGGUGAGAGAAACUUCUAGGAAACCCGACGAAAUUUACUCCCUAAUUGAGCGAAUGUGUCCACAGAAUUUAAAAAUCGAGCUUUUCGGGCGGCCCCACAAUAUUAGGAGCAACUGGAUCACCCUGGGGAACCAACUCAACGGCGUGGUUUUGCACCACCCCCAGAUUAAGGAGAGGUAUAACAAGGUAGCAGCGCAGUUUAACAUGCCGCUCUGUGGGGACUAG